GCUGUACGCUGGCCCAGAGGUGGACAUCUGGAGCUGUGGUGUUAUCCUCUACGCCCUUCUCUGUGGCACUCUGCCUUUCGAUGAUGAGCACGUCCCCACCCUCUUCAAGAAGAUCCGGGGAGGUGUGUUUUACAUCCCUGAAUACCUCAACCGCUCUGUUGCCACUCUCCUCAUGCACAUGCUGCAGGUUGACCCCCUCAAGCGAGCAACUAUCAAGGACAUCAGGGAACACGAGUGGUUUAAGGAGGAGCUGCCCAGUUACCUGUUCCCAGAGGACCCUUCUUAUGAUGCCACUGUCAUCGACGAUGACGCGGUUCGGGAAGUUUGUGAAAAGUUUGAAUGCACGGAGUCGGAAGUGAUGAACAGCCUGUACAGUGGUGACCCUCAGGACCAGCUGGCGGUGGCUUACCACCUCGUCAUUGACAACCGGAGGAUCAUGAACCAAGCCAGUGAGUUCUACCUCGCCUCCAGUCCCCCCACUGGCUCCUUCAUGGAUGACAGCACUAUGCACAUCCCUCCUGGGGUGAAGCCGCACCCUGAGCGGAUGCCGCCAUUGAUAGCAGACAGCCCCAAAGCACGAUGUCCUUUGGAUGCCCUCAACACCACGAAGCCAAAACCCCUGACUGUCAAAAAGGCCAAGUGGCACCUGGGAAUCCGCAGCCAGAGCAAACCCUAUGACAUUAUGGCCGAGGUGUACCGCGCUAUGAAACAGCUGGACUUCGAGUGGAAGGUGGUGAACUCCUACCACCUCAGAGUGCGCCGCAAGAACCCGGUGACGGGCAAUUAUGUGAAGAUGAGCCUGCAGCUCUACCAGGUUGACAACCGCAGCUAUCUCUUGGACUUCAAAAGCAUCGAUGAUGACGUGAUGGAGCAGAGGUCCGGCUCGUCCACACCGCAGCGCUCCUGCUCCGCUGCUGGCUUGCACCGGCCAAGGCUGAGCAUCGAUGCCGCUGCAGCUGCUGAGUGCCAGUCACUGAUGGGCUCUCUGAGCGGCUCCUUUGUUGGCAGCAUCCCCUCGGUGACGCCGCGCCUGGGGAGCCACACCAUGGACUUCUUCGAGAUGUGUGCCAGCUUGAUCAUGGCCCUGGCUCGCUGA